CGGGAGCUGUAGUUGGACGCUAGAGACUCUGGGAGUUGUAGUUCUGGGCUGCGACCGCCCCGCCGCCGCGCCGCGGGGGCCGAACUCCACUUCCCAGCAGGCAACGCGGCGGGGCCAGGGCAUGCUGCCCUAGCCUGGCACCAUGGACGCACCACCCGUCACGCCUGGGGAGCUGCUGUGUCUGGGCUCCAGCCUCGCCUUUUCCGGCCUCUUCUACUACCUGUACAGGAAGAAAGCCAGAGCCAUGGCACGCGUACAGGAGGCUCCAAAGCUCCAGGUUGACGAUGAUUUACCAGCACUGGUGUCUGCGGCUGAUGGGAGGUGCCUGCCUUACGUUGCCCUGGAAGGCAUGGUGCUGCCAGCCAAGGCUGCGCUGACCAGCCAUUACCAUGAGGGGCUGCAGGGUGUUAUCCAGAAACUGCUUCUGAAGGAGCAUCGGCUGAUCUGGAACAGCUUGGCCCGGAGCUGCGCUGCACUCUCCACUUGCAGGAGCGAGAGCGAACGGGUGCUCUCAGAGCAGGUUUACACAGUUCCCUUCUUGUUGGCCUCACCCGACACCGAAGUGGUGACGCAGGUGAGUGUGGAGAGCCCACUCCAAGCUGCCUGCCUGCCACUGGAGACAGUGUACGAGCGGUUCCAGCAGCCAGCCCACAGCUUCCGUGACCUGCUGGGACAGUACUUGAGCGGGGAGAAGCCCAAGGGCAUCCUGGAGACAGAGGAGAUGCUGCGGGUGGGGGCCGGGCUGACAGGCAUUGGGGAGCUGGCCCUGCAUCCCGAUGGCUCCCUGCACCUCCAACCGCCAGCCAGGGGGGGAGACUAUUUCCUGUGCCUGGGGGACUGGCAGACGGUGCUGGCAGAGCUGGAGUCAGCCAGCGGGCUCUGGAAGGGGGCAGCCAUGCUGUGUGCUGUGGCAGGCCUGGCUGUCCUCCUGCACGCCCUGUGCCGUGCCUACCGCCGCACCCGCCUUAAGCAGCAGCGUGAGGACAAGGAGCUGGACAGCGAGGAGGCUGGGGACUGGGGGCCUGAGAACUCCUGCGUGAUCUGCCUGACACAACCCCGUGAAUGCGUCCUCUUGGGCUGUGGCCACAUCUGCUGCUGCUUCCGCUGCUUCCAGGCCUUGCCUGCCCGCCUCUGCCCCAUCUGCCGGGGGCCCAUUGACCGUGUUGUGCCCCUCUACCAGGCCUGAAAGCACCUGGCAGGGGGCCAGGGAGGGGCAGUAUGAGCCAAGCCAAGCCCAGAGCCUACCCCCUCAUGUGCAGCUGAGUGAUUCCUGUUGGGAGGGAAGGGUCCUGCUGUGCCUCCCCAUCUGUUUUGGGGGGAAAUUAUAGCCUCCUGAUCCUCCCUUUGUCUGCCAGAGGGACCUCCCCCUCCCCACCCCAACGUGAAGCCUUGGGGGAAACGUAUUCAGUGCCUGAGCUGAGGGGCCAAGCCCCCUGCCACACACCAGGGCACGUCUCUGACUGCUGGCUGUUUGACCUGUGCUCCUUUCCCAGCCCUGACCCCACCUCCAAAGCCACAUGGGACUUUUCCAGCACAUGGCUUUGUCCAUGGGGAAGAUGGUGAGGGCAAGACCAGGGCUGGUGGGACACAGAGGACACAGUGGGGUGACAGAGACCCCUGAGCCACCACAGUGGCACACUUUGGUGCUACCAUUGUCCUCCCCCCCAAUCAAUGUGACUACAGCCACUGCCCAGACCAUAUAGAGGCACCCCAGGGGCUGGCAGUGAUGAAGUAUGCCCCUUUGCUAGCUGCUCUGCCACCCAGGGAGGGGAACAGUGUCCCUCUGUCCCUCUCUGCAGGGUCUCUGCUCUCCUCCUUGAACAGGAGGACAGCCCUGGGGUGCCCCAGAGCCUGCCCGUGCCUCUGGCCCCCACUGCACCCAGCUUUCCUGCCUGCUUCCUGGCCAGGACUGGAUGCAGGAGUGGUGAUGUGUGGAGUGAUAAAGCCAAGGAGCUGA